GCUUAAAACCUUUUAGCCUGUAGUUAAAAUGUAUGUUUAUGUGUGUUCUUUACCAUUUGUGCCAACGGGCUAUAAAACCAUUUUACCUCCUAAUGACGGUCGACGAUGAAUCUUUGAGAGCAGGCAGGGCUCAGUUUGACGAAGCUCAAAAAAGUACGUGGGGAAGUUCCCUAGGAAAUCCCCCCAGACUGUUAUAUUAUUCUCGACACUGAUGCGCCAAAUCUCCGACAAUCGUCCUCCUCGGUCCAUUUCUAAAGACACAGGGCUAGGAACAGAGGUGUCAAAUGUUGGAUUAUUAAGAGUUGAUCUUUCUGUUAAAUCUACUAAACUUGCAAUGGAUAACUUCAGUAUGAACACGGAUAACGACAUGGUGAAAGACAAAAUCCGGAGCUACAGCACGCUGAAUACUCUUUAUCAUGAGACUCGGCAGGAAAUCGACCUUCUGAACAAACAGAUAAAUGUAAAGGACAAUAUCAUUGCAGAGUUGAAAGUGAGGCUGGGGAGAUAUGAGAGGAUCUACAUGAACGUGGGAGAUAAAGAGUCUGUGGUCAUAGGGCCGUCCAAGUCUUUGCUGGAGAGCUUAUGUAAAGAAAUAUGCAAACUGAAACAGAAGAGGAACGAUAUGGAGUUCAAGGCAUCUCGACAAGAAGAGGAGAUCCAGAGGCUGAAUGUGCAGCUCAGAGAGAAGGAACUGGAGCUGGAGAGUGUCAGGUGUCAGCCAGACCACGAGAAGGACCAGGAGAUUCAGAGGCUGCGGUCGGCCUUGGAGGAGAGGGAUCGGUCCGAGGCCACCAGAGCCGUCCUCUGCACCUCCCUGGCGGAAGAGGCUGACCAGCUCCGUGGCCAGCUCGGUGCAACUGUGAAGGUGUGCCAGGAGCUGCUGGCGAGGCUAGAGAAAGAGAAGAAGGGAGAAGGAGAAAUGGAGGAGAUGGCUCAGCUUCAAAAGCCUAAGGAGACAGCAGAGUCCUCUGACAUGAGUGGUGUUAAUGCUCAAAUCUACCAACUUCAGGAGGAGAAUAAACAGCUAAAGCAGCGAGUGGCAUAUGUACAAGGUUUGAAUUCUCAGUGGCAGAAGUAUGACUCUAGCAGGGAGGACUAUAUCAGAGGUUUAUGUCAGAGGCUGAAGGAGACCACUGGGCAGGGCUUGAUGCCUGGGCUGGGUUCUGUCAGCACAGGGUUGCUUCAUCAGGAGAUUUCCAGGCUCAAUGGCUUACUGGAGGAGAAGAUUAGUGAAUGUGCAAGACUGGGUAGAGAAGGAGAGGAGACAAGGAGGCAAGACCAAGAGCGCAUCCAGACACUGGAGCAGCAGGUCCUCAUCUAUACAGAGGACUUCAAGUCUGAGCGAACUGAUAGAGAGCGAGCACAGGGCCAGAUCCAAGAUCUGAAGGAGCAGGUUCAUCAGCUAAAACAGCAGCUACACAAACAGCAGGGAGCUAGCAGAGAAAACAGAGAUGUGGUUCCCAUGUGUCGUGUGCACAUAGGACACAGGAUCUCCUCAAGGCGACAGAAGGACGACGCAGAGCACCUAUUGAGGACCACUGCUGAGACACAGCAACAGCCUGCAGCUGCAGCAGCCACACCGAGCCCCGCCUGGAGUGAAUGCUCAGGCCAGUCAGAGUUACAGUGCCCACUAUGCCAGGCCAAGUUCAACGACAGGGACACUGCAGAGUACCUGAAACAUUGGGAAGAGUGUGCCAAACUAUAAACAGAACAACACUCACUUCAAAAAGACAGUUAUCUUUUUGCUGACAGUAAAUGAACACUGAUGAGCAGCACUACACGGCAGAAAAUAACCUGAGUGGAGUUUCCAAUUUGGGGAGGCUUGACUACAAAUUAAACAACUGACUUAAGAUGUUUGUACAUAGGGAAGCAAAACUGUACAAUCCACAGUUCCCUGUCGCAAGACAAAUGAGUUCAUCAGGCCUUUCUAAGUCUGCAUAGUUUUUUUUUUUUGUUGUUUUCUUUUAAGUGUCAGGUUCUGAGUGUUCUCCUGUGGCAAUGCAGGAGAUUAUUGUGGAGGGGGAGAGGAUUUCAAUGCAAUAUAUCAAAUAUCAUAUACCUCAAUGUGUCAAAUUACAAACCUGUUGCACUUUCUUGACAUUUAGCCAAAAACUAAUCGUAGGAUUGUACAAUUCAAAGAUUCAUGAUGCAUAAGCUUCUUAUUUUUGGUCCUAGACAUCUAGUUGAUAAUGUGGUGCUAUUAGUAGUUUAUUUUUGAUUAAACAUUACAUAUUUCUGUUCUGUAAAUUAUAUAUUAAAACAGAUUUAACAUAUAUAACUAUUAUAUUAAUAUUUAUUCUUUUUGCAUAUAUAAUUGGAUUUUCGUGCAAUGUUUUGUUGCCUAUUUUUUUCACCAAAGCCAUGAAAUUUUACUUCCUGGUAAACUUUUGGGAUCAAAAAUGUCCACUUUUUGAAACAGUGUAUGCAAAGACUGCAUCCUAACUGACAAUAUGCUUAUUUUCUGAAAUCUGGUGCUGUUUUUCUCAAGCUGGCACAUUAUUUUUGUAAUAAAAGAUUGUUUAGAUUGUU